AUGGAUAUAUUAAAAUAUUAUUUAAUAUUAAUAUUAAUAGAACACUAUUUUACAACAUCUUUAGAGUAUAUAAUUAAUAAAAAAGUGAAUUUUUACAUAAAAUACUAUAAAACAAAUAAUACUAGCAAGAAAAAAAAUGUAAUAAUUCAGUUAACAAGGGAAAAUGAUAAAGAAAUAAAAAUUGUUAAAUAUCCAAAUCCAAUACUAAGAAAAAAAUGUGAAGAAGUUGUUAAUUUUGAUGAAAAUUUAAAAAAUACUAUUAGAAGUAUGUUUAAUAUUAUGUAUGAAAAUAAAGGAAUCGGUUUAUCAGCACCUCAAGUAAAUAUAAGUAAAAGAAUUAUAGUAUGGAAUGCACUAUAUGAAAAAAGAAAAGCUGAAAAUGAGAGAAUUUUUAUUAAUCCAAGUAUAGUUGAACAAAGUUUAAUUAAAACAAAAGCAGUUGAAGGGUGCUUAUCGUUCCCAAAUAUUGAAGGAAAGAUAGAAAGACCAAGCAUAGUUUCAAUUAGCUAUUUUGAUUUAAAUGGAAACAAGCAUUUAAAAAUUUUAAAAGGAAUACAUUCUAGAAUAUUUCAACAUGAAUAUGAUCAUUUAAAUGGCAUCUUAUUUAUUGAUAGGAUGACUCAAAGUGAAAAAAAAAAAAUUAAAGCAAAGUUAAAUCAACUAAUACAUGAAUAUAAAAACAUUUAUUCUGAAACUCCAGCUAUUUAA